CUUCGCCAGCCAUGUCGCCCGUGUUUAUCGAUGUUGUUCUCGACGUUUUCAGCUGUCAAACAUACAGGGAUUGACUCUGAGAUUUACAACACAGCUGUAGACAGCAAAAGAAGGAAAAACAAUAUGUGAAUUUUAUUUAUGGCAGAAACAAUGAAUAUGGCCCAUCAGGGCAUGAAAUAUUUAAAUUUUUACGAACAAUUUCGUGAAAAAAGGACAAUGAAAUUUCACAAUGUCCAUGGGACUGGCAUUUCACUCCUGGAAAACAAGACUUUGGCCACUCGUUCAGAUGCCUCAUUCUGCAAUGGCAUUGUGUUCAGUGACCUGCCAGUCAAGGUCAACCAGAAAGUGUGUCUGGAGCUGACCACUGUCCAGACAUGGAGUGGGGCCCUGAGGGUUGGACUGACCUGUCAGGAUCCAAGUAAGACCAGUGUAUCUGACUUACCACGAUAUGCCUUGCCUUACCUGGCAAAAAGGGAGGGAUACUGGAUCCAGCCAAUAAGUGAAUGUUUUGUAGAUACAGGAUCACAUUUGACCUUGUACCUCAGUUCUCAAGGUCAGCUACAGCUGUUUGUGGAUGGAUUACAUAAGGGUGCCUGUCUCCAAGGCAUUCCUACCGACCGUUCAGUGUGGUUAUGCCUGGAUAUCUAUGGAAACACAAAAAGUGCCAAAUUGGUGAAACCAGAUGACGCUCCAAAAGAGAUCCUUGCGCGUGGUCCAGAAGCUGUACAGGCAUAUGAAGAGGCAUGUACAUCGGGGACUCGGCCCAUGUGCCGAACACGCCUUAUGUUGGUGGGACAGGAUCGAGUGGGCAAAACCAGUCUCAAGAAGGCAAUGAUGGGGCAAAGCUACAACGUGAACGAAGAGAGCACCGAGGCUGAUGGGAUUGAUCUGUCUGCUUCCUGUUCCUUUAAUACCAGCAAUCAUGCAGAUUGGAAAAUGGCUGUGCGUGGCGAGUUUGAGAAAGAGGUUGAAGGGCACAUUGAAGAGAAGAAACAAUUAGGCAUUAUGGGGGGAGCUGAGGGGCUAGAGGAGGAGUACUAUCAGGCCUUAGCUGAGAACAUAGUGAAAGAGUUACAGCAGAAAGGCAAACAGAAGACAGAGGCUCCCAAAGGGAAGUCUGGGAGUCGUGAUGGAGCCAGGAUGUCACUCCCCAGUAGUAGGAAGUCUGAUCGCAGUGUCUCCUCACAUGGAGAAAAGCCUCACUACAUCCCCCCUGAGAUGAUCAGAGAGGUACCAGACCGUGUCGUCCAGCUUGUCCAGGAUCUACUGGAACAAAGCCCCACAGUCAGCCAAACCAAGUCUAAUCAGUCCAAGCUCAAGUCUGCAUCAAGUGCUAGUCUGUCCAAAGUCACUGCGAGUCCCGUGGUCAAGGAUAAGGAUCGGAAGGUUGUCAUGAAUAUAUGGGACUUUGCCGGUCAGCCAGUAUUUUAUACUACCCACCAAGUGUUCCUUACUUGUAGAGCUGUUUAUAUCUUUGUGUUCAAUCUGACUCAAGAUCUCAACUCCGUCCAGUCAUCACAGCAGGAGAACCCGGAUGGUGAGAUGACAACACUGGAUUUUAUGGACUUUUGGAUGAGAUCUAUAUAUGCCCACACAUCCCAAAACACAUCCAAUACCAUAGACAACACCCGCCUAUCUCCUCCGAUCUUUGUAGUGGGCACCCACCGGAACAGCCUGUCCACGGACCCCACUGAGCAGGAACAGAUGGUCGAGGAAAAAUUUGAAGAAAUCAGAAACUUCUGCGUGAAUAAGCCAUAUGCCCAACAUAUAGUGACACCAUUUGUGGCCGUGGAGAACAGUAUAGAGAAUGACAACCAGGUGACGGCCCUGAGAGAACACGUAGAGGAGAUUGCGGGUAAGGAGCCAUAUAUGGGGGAACAGAUGCCAAUACACUGGCUCAGGUUUGAGCAGGAACUCGCCAACCUUGUCAAUAAUGACUUCAAUCAUGCUUCCUUUGACCAGGUGAAGGAGAUAGCUAACAACCUGGGCAUCAGUUCAGACAAGGAGGUGAAGAUCAUGUUGGAGUUCUACCACGACCUUGGUGUGUUAGUGUACUUUGGAGGGUCAGGUACCAUGGACAACCUCCUGAGGAACACUGUCAUGUUAAACCCACAGUGGUUGGUGGAAAAGUUCACACGUAUCCUCGUGGCCAAGCAGACAGAGGACAAGUGGGAUAUGAUGAAGGAGAAAUGGCGGCUGUUCCAGGAGAAAGGGAUCCUUGAAGAGGCUCUCAUUGAUCAUCUAUGGAUGGAUGUCAUCGACCAGAAACCUGUCCUUUUAGGACUUAUGGAAAAAUUUGACCUUGUGUGUCAGAGGUCACUGGACCUCUCCUUAUCUCAGUCCAAUGGGGGACAGAAAUCCCUGUCGUAUUACGUUCCCUCACACCUGGCCACAUGUGGGGACAACAAACGCCUCUAUGCCGCCUAUGACUCAGAUGUUGUCUUUUAUAUCAACUUCUGUGGCUUUCUACCAGAUGACCUAUUCCAUCGGAUUUUGACAAGAACUGUCCGUUGGACACUAGGAAAAUCUGGAAAGGAACCAUAUAGUAUGUUCCGUCAUGUUGCCAGGUUCUACCUUGACCAGGAACAUGAUUUUGUGCUUCAGAUGGCGCCUAGGAGGUGUCAUCGUAUCAAGGUUGUAGUGAUGCGUGUUGCCAAUGAUGAGGAUUUCUCAUCAGUAGACUUUGACAAUAAAGACAAUAUCCGUGACAGGAUUCCAAACCCUGAUGUCUGUGCCAAGCUUCGUAACUUCCUAGAGUCAAGUUUGUUUGAACUGAAGGAGAUGUGGAUCAAACGUCUGUACUACACGAUAUGUGUGGCCUGUCCUUGUGGUCGUCCCUGCUACUCGCAUGAUUCACCUAACUGCCAGGAGCAGCUCUGUAUGCACUUUCUCAACCUUGACGAAUGUCUGUCCAGUAGGGUUGUAUGCUGUGAACAUAGAAGAGUGAAAACUAAUUUGUUCCGUAAAUGGUUUCCGGAGCCAUUUAAUACUGAGUUCAGCGGCCAAAUCUUACCCAGCAUAGACAUGCAGGAAACACAUGGAAACAUUGAGAAGCAUAAUCCCAGCCUACCAAUGUGGGUUAAAAGUGCUGCCAAACUGCUGAAUGGGGGAGAGGAGAACCAGGACUGGUUAGCUUUGGCAAACCUCAUGGGUUACAAAGAAGCCAAGAUAGAAAAAAUCACUGAUGACCUGAACCCAGGCUUGGCCCUGCUAGCGGACUGGAUACUGACUAGUGGUAACACUGCCCUGUCAGUGGACAUGCUGGUCGGCUACCUGGAGAAAAUGGACAGGGACGAUAUCGUGGAGGUUAUACAACAGGCCAAAGAAUCGACUCAGGACCCACCCCAAGUGUUCAUCAGCUACCAGUGGGACUGUCAAGAUGAGGUGAAGGCCCUACGAGAUCGACUGGAGAAGGUCGGACUGUCCUGUUGGAUGGACAUUGGUCAGAUGGGAGGAGGUGACCAGCUCAAUAUCAAGAUAGAUGACGGUAUCAGAAACUCAAAGGUGGUGCUGUCCUGUGUGUCCCCGAAGUAUGUAGUAUCCCACCACUGUAACCGGGAACUCAGUCUAGCUGACCUACUGGCCAAGCCCAUCAUCCCUGUCAUGUUUGAAACGGUACCCUGGCCACCUCCAGGGGGAAUGUCUCUCAUCUUCUCACAACUUGUCUAUAUAGACAUGAAAGGUGUAGGAGGACAUGGAGGGACCGGUAUACAUGGAGAUCUCAAUGAUAAAUACAAGGAGAUUAUUCAGCGAGUCAUGAAUUAUGCCACCCCAGACCUCACCAAAUACUUUGACACGGACACGCUUAUAAGCAGUAAAGAAAGUAACCUACAUCACGAAUCGUCCAGUCUGUCCAGUAUGGAAAGCAUUGACAACUCCCUUAACAACAAUCUGGAACAUGCCAGCCUCCGUCACCCUUACCCUAUCCCAGUAAACAUGGCGAUCCAGCCAGACUAUCCCACCCCACAGCAGGUCACAGUAACCAAGUGUGGAGUUUGUACUAUUUUAUGAUGUCACUGGGAGAUAACCGCA